CGCCGCGCCGCCGCCGGCCCCGCCGCCCCGCCGCGCCGCAUGCAGACUAACAGGGAUGCCAAAGGAAAAAUAUGAUCCUCCAGAUCCUCGCAGGAUUUACACCAUCAUGUCGGCGGAAGAGGUGGCCAACGGGAAGAAGUCGCACUGGGCUGAACUAGAGAUCUCGGGGAGAGUGCGGAGCUUAAGCACGUCGCUGUGGUCGCUGACACACCUGACUGCUCUGCACCUCAAUGACAACAACCUUACUCGCAUUCCACCUGAUAUUGCCAAGCUUCACAAUCUGGUUUACCUGGAUCUGUCAUCCAACAAACUCAGAAGUUUACCAGCAGAACUAGGAAACAUGGUGUCUCUCAGGGAAUUGCUUUUAAAUAACAAUCUGUUACGGGUUUUGCCUUAUGAACUUGGACGGCUCUUCCAGCUGCAAACCCUGGGUUUGAAAGGCAAUCCUUUAUCCCAAGAUAUUCUCAGCCUCUACCAGGAUCCAGACGGAACCCGAAAGCUACUGAACUACAUGCUUGACAAUCUAGCAGUUCACCCAGAGCAGCUGCCUCCAAGGCCAUGGAUUACUUUAAAAGAACGAGACCAAAUUCUGCCCUCAGCUUCAUUUACAGUCAUGUGUUACAAUGUGUUGUGUGAUAAAUACGCCACCCGGCAGCUCUAUGGCUACUGCCCGUCCUGGGCACUCAAUUGGGAGUACAGGAAAAAGGGAAUCAUGGAAGAAAUCGUCAACUGUGAUGCAGACAUCAUCAGCCUUCAGGAAGUGGAAACGGAGCAAUACUUCACCCUUUUCCUGCCAGCUCUGAAAGAACGGGGAUAUGACGGAUUCUUUUCUCCAAAGUCACGUGCCAAAAUCAUGUCGGAGCAGGAGAAAAAGCAUGUGGAUGGCUGCGCCAUAUUCUUCAAAACAGAAAAGUUCACUCUGGUGCAGAAGCACACGGUGGAGUUCAACCAGGUGGCCAUGGCCAACUCGGAGGGCUCAGAAGCCAUGUUGAACAGAGUGAUGACCAAGGACAACAUCGGGGUCGCCGUGGUAUUGGAGGUGCACAAGGAAUUAUUUGGAGCAAGUAUGAAAUCGCUUCACGUGGACAAGCAGCUGCUCAUUGUGGCCAAUGCCCACAUGCACUGGGACCCCGAGUACUCAGAUGUGAAACUCAUCCAGACCAUGAUGUUUGUCUCAGAACUGAAAAACAUCCUGGAGAAAGCCUCGAGCAGGCCCAGUAGCCCAACAGCAGAUCCCAACUCUAUCCCUCUGGUGCUGUGUGCAGAUCUCAACUCACUGCCUGACUCAGGUGUAGUGGAAUACCUGAGCAACGGCAUCGUAGCUGACAACCACAAGGACUUCAAGGAGCUGCGUUACAACGAGUGUCUGAUGAACUUCAGCGGCAACGGCAAGAACGGAGCCUCGGAGGGCAGGAUCACGCACGGCUUCCAGCUCAAGAGCGCCUACGAGAACAACCUGAUGCCUUACACCAAUUACACUUUCGACUUCAAAGGUGUGAUUGACUACAUUUUCUACUCCAACACUCACAUGAACGUGCUGGGAGUGCUGGGCCCUUUGGACCCUCAGUGGCUGGUGGACAACAACAUCACGGGGUGCCCGCACCCGCACAUCCCCUCGGACCACUUCUCGCUGCUGACGCAGCUGGAGCUGCAGCCGCCGCUGCUGCCGCUGGUGAACGGCGUGCACCUGCCCUCCCGCAGGUAGUGAGUGCAGCUCCCGCCCGCCCCACGGACCUGUACACUUGUAAAUCCCUCUAGAUAGGAGUGAAGUAUGGCCAACCUUCAGCUGCUUCUUCGAGCUCCUUUCCUUAUGUGUUUGAGAAGAGAUUUUUGCACAUUUUGGUGCACGUCGGUAUCAUUUGGCACUAGGGCUGGAACCAAAGUAUUA